AUGAAAGGAGUGGGACAAAGGUUUGCUCAAGGAAUUGUUGAAUUUCGAGAUGUGUUGUCAAAGUAUUCUAUUCAUUCUGGUUUUGAUUUUGAUUUUGUUAAGAAUGAUAAGGAUUGUGUCACUGUUCAUUGUAAGAGAAGGGCAGAUUUUGGAUGUUUAUGGGGCAUGCACGCUAGAGUGGAAAAUCAUAGUAAAUAUUUUGUUAUUAAACAAUUUGAUGAUGUUCAUACUUAUGGAUCUUCUUUUCGUACAAUUAAACAUGCUAGGAUGACUUUAAGUAUAAUUGGUGCGCUAAUUUCAAGUGAUAUUCGUAAUAAGGCUUUGACAUCGGUUAGUGAGGUGGUUUGUGAUUUCAAGGACUAUUAUGGAACAGAAGUUUCUUAUCGGCGAGCUUGGAUGAGUGUUGAAAAAGGAAGGGGUCUUGUUUUUGGUGACUAUUUAUCAUCAUUUGACGAUCUUCAUUGGUAUGUUGAUGCCGUUAAUGAUUGUAAUUUGGGGAGUGUGUUUGAUAUGGAAUUUGAUGUUCAUAGUAAAGAAAGACAUUUCAAAUGCUUGUUUUUCGCUUUUGAGGCAUGUAUUCAUGGUUUCAAGUAUUGUCGGCCUGUGUUGAUGCUUGAUGGAACUUUCUUGAAAAGAAGACACAAAGGUUGUUUAUUGGCUGCUACGACAAAAGAUGGUAACCAAGGUUUAUAUCCGUUAUGUUUUGUCAUUGUUGAUAGUGAAAGUUAUGAUAGUUGGCAUUGGUUCUUGUCAAAGUUAUUUGUUAUUUUGACUCCGGGAAGGGAUAUUGCGUUUGUUAUUAAUCAGCAUGGAGGUUUGCUGAAAGCUUUAGCUGAGGUCUUUCCGUUUUCUUCUCAUUCUUUUUGUCUAAUGCAUUUGAAGACAAACUUGAAGACUUAUUUGUCAGUGAAAAGUCGUGAAUCUAAAGAGUAUUUGCUUACUCUUUUUAGUAGAUGUGCAUAUGCUCCUACUAUUGAGUUGUUUAAUGAGCUAUUUAAAGAAUUUAAGGGUCGUUGUGGUCGUAGUGUUGAGAAGUUUCUUGAGGAUUUGCCUAAUGAGUGUUGGUGUAACGCUUAUUUUCAAGGCAAGAGGUAUGGUGAAAUGUGCACAAAUGUUGCGGCAUCUUUUAAUUCAUGGGUUAGGGAUGAACGCUAUUUGCUUUCAACUAGUCUGGUUGAUGCUAUACGGGUGAAACUAAUUGAGCAAUUUUCAAGAAGGAGAGAAGUUGGGAAUAAGUGGAAUCAUAUUGUUUGUCCUUUUGCAGAGAAGAAGUUGGAAGAAGCUCUUAAUGAUACAAAAGCAUGGAUAGUUAAGAAAUGUAGCGAUGACAUUUAUGAAAUCCAAUUGGAUCAUUCAGUUAUGGUUGAUAUUGGGAAACGUUCUUGUUCUUGUCGAUUGUGGGAAAUUGAUUCUUUUCCUUGCAAACAUGGUUUUUGUGCUAUAAAGAGGAGUGAGAAAGAUCUGAAUUGUUUUCUUGAUAAUUACUAUCGUGUUAGUAGUUAUUGUGAUUCUUAUUCCCAUUCUAUCUAUCCAGUUCCUAGUAUGUGGAAGCCAAAUGUAAUUGUUGAUGAUGACAUUGUUUUACCUCCUCUUUGUAAGAGACCAGCUGGACGUCCAAGAACAGAGAGAAUACCUUCUAAGGGCGAAAUCAAGAGAAUUAGGUGCAGUAGGUGUGGAAAGAUGGGAACUCAUAAUCGGAAGACAUGUAAAGAAGCUUUGCUUUAG